GGGAAGGUUUAAAGUCAGGUAACCUUUCCUCUAACCUUAACCCUUUUCCUAAACCACGUUUAACACCUUGAAGUAUGGUGAUUCACAGUAUACCCUUCAGUAGCAUUAACUGCACAUCUAAGAUGACACCACCGAUGUUCUAAACAGUAGUAAGAAAAGCACUAGGCUUAUGAUUCAUUCACAUUUUCACACUUUUGCACAUAGACCUCUCAACAUUGUAAACUGUGCACCUACAGGUGUUCCAGUACAGACUUGCCAAGAUAAUAGCAAGUGAUUCUAGAACACCAAAUUCCUACAGUAGCCUACUCAUUGUCAAAUAACAAAAUACAAUACUUCUAUACGAGUUAUUUAUACCAGCCAUAUGUGAACUCUAUUUCAUGUGGGUGAGGAGAGCUCACAAGAGGAGAGUGUCAUUGCCACGCUGCUGUGGGGUGUGAAACCAAUGGUGCUGAAUGGUGACAGCAUGGACACAUCUGUUAACACCAGACUCAUUUGAGCACAUGUCAUUUUUGACUGAGGCCCUUCACACUCAUGUGAGAACAUCACUCAUUCAAUAUGAGAUAUGGUUUCCCUAUCAUCACCUCCUGCCUGCUGCUAUGGCAGUAAAUAGCUGAAUGUAUAACUAUAAAUACAAUUAAAACCAAACUAAAGCCAUUUAGUGCACAGUAACUACAAAACGAGUAUAGCAACAGUUAUAGUAAGAAAACGACUACUAGUAAUAGUAAGAAAAGAGAUGACAUUGGAGACCUAACUGGGUAACUAAUGAACCCUUGAAGCAUGGUCAUCACUCAACGGAAAGACAAUUCAGAGUUGACCAGAUGUCUCCAUAGGUCCCGUAAUGGUUGAUUUCCACUGGCCACAUUCUACGGGCUGGUUUCCCAGAACCUAGAUUAAACAUAUUGCUGCACUAAAAAGCAUGCCAAUUGGAUAUUCUUUAUUGAAAGUGCUUUUUAGUACAGGACUAGGCUUGGCCUGAAUCAGGAAAACGCACUAUUCUUCAUGAGUAAACCCUUACUAGGCAUCCAGCAGAAGGCACUGCAGUAUAGCACUGUACUGCACAACACGUUAUAAUCUAUGGCAAUCCAUGAAAUAAUGUCUACCUGCAGACUGCAGUUACUACAAGGAGCGCCCAGCAUGAAACGCCUAUUAGCAUUGCCUCACUACAUGCCACGCCCACUGUCGUUGAGGCUGCUUGUAAGAGUAGGCCUGCCUGUGACCCGCGGAUAGAGCCUUCUCAAAAAACUUGAGAACUUGAGAACUUCAAAAGACUUGUUUCCAUGAUAAGCCACUAGAUGGAGUACUGUACAACAUGACAUGGAAUCUCAGUCAUGACAUGCUUAGUCAAUAAAGUAUUGUUUGUCAAAAUCUUCCAAAUCAUACAGGUCAACCCUCCUAAAAAAUGUAUGUCAAAUUGCAAGAAGUAAUUAUGAAUUAGUUGUUAACAAACUAGAAAGAUCAUGACAGUUGUGAACAAAUGUAGCCUAACUGUUGACGCUGGAUAAUUAAAACGUUCGCUGACACAGUAGGACUAUGUUAUUUCACCAUUGCACUGGAAUUUCCCAAUCUUAGCAGGAUUGUACUUGACCUCAGGUUUACAACAUAAUCCUUUAUAAUAAAGCUAUACAAAGUUUUCACAGGAUCCCACUUCCAGUGUUUACCCCAGUAGACAAAGAAAUGUCACCCCUAGUAUGACAAAGGACAAACAUUUUAUUAAAAGUUGUGUAAAACUGGUCAUAUGAGGUAAACUGCCUUAUCACAACCAAGAAUACAGAGUAAUAGGUAAGGGGCUAGAAAGAGAGAAAAGGGAAGGACCUGGUAAGCCAGGUACCAGAUCUAAUGGCUGACACUUCCAGCCUCCCUCUGCUCAAACACAUCUCCCAGACGAUGAAAAUAAGUAAGCCACGACCACCACAUUGAGGGUGACUGAGGAGGAUACAGACACACAGAACAGAAUGGAUGGGCUAGGCUAGGUGGAAUGGGGGGUAGACAGACAGACUUAAUAUGCUAAGAAAGAGAAAAAAAAGGUUGAGUGUGAGGUCACACAUUGUGGUGGUCUGUGACGAAGCCACUUUACCGUAGGUGAACUUCAGGUGAGAUACAGGGGAAGGAUGAGUAUACAGUUCUGUAAGUUACUGUCUGCUGCUCACAGAGACACAAUGGGCGGGCGGUGGAACAUUGACUGAUGUCAUUGUCACAUUGCGUCAGUGUUGUACUUACUGGAAUAUAAUUGCCAGCAGCAGAAGGUGACAUCCUAGAAAACCAACCUGAAAGAAGUGCAUGAGAAGUUACUUAUCUUCCUUUUACUGCCCAACAAAGAAACAGCCAUCCUACAUUCUAUACUGAGACCAGAUGGAACCCAUGUCGCUAUCUCCAAACGGGAGCAUCGAGGAAGUGGAGGACGGUCACAUAGCCUACCUAGAUGGGGAGCUGGCACCCAAGGGCCUGCGGCGCAAGAGAGAGUUUAUCCCAAAUGAGAAGAAGGACGCCACCUACUGGGAGAAGCGUCGCAAGAACAACGAGGCGGCCAAGCGGUCGCGGGAGAAGAGGAGGGUGAACGAUUAUGUGCUGGAGAGCCGCCUGGUGGCCAUGAGUGAAGAGAACGCCCGGUUGAACACAGAACUGCUGGCCCUCAAACUCCACUUUGGCCUGGUGAGCCCUGCGGCCUACGCUGCCCACCAGAACAGCCUGCUACGGCUCCGCCAUGCGAACACCUAUAGCCCCCAGUCUCCGCCACCCAGCAGCUCAACCCAGUCCCUGGACAGGGAUGUCUACUGGGGCAGGAGUCCCAGCUACAGAGACCCUUCCACCCUGCCCACUUACCACCACCGACCCUCCGUCCUGACUGGGCAACCUGCCCCUGCCCUGAUCCAUCCACAUGCUCUACCAACCAGAAGGGGCUAUCCAUACAUCUUAGACAUGCCCAGUGUCCUCCACCCUGCAAACUCAUCCUCCAUUCUCCUGCCCCCGCUUCUCCCCCCUGCCCUAUCGUCGUGGCCGGGGGUUCCCCUGCUGAGGCCCACCCCUAAGAGAAGGUGUUCAGAUGAGGAGGGGGAACAGCAGGUCCCAGCAGCCUCCUCCAGCGGUGCAUUACCACACAAGCUGAGGCUGAAGACCCCCAGAGCUUCUACUGUCCUUAGGGAUGUCAGAGAUAGGGCCUCCCCCCCACUCCCGCUUUAUGUAUCUGACUGACCACACUCCACAGGGCAGACCAACCACAGCGCUGGAACAUUGACACCAAAGUUAUAGCAAAGACGUUAUGUACAACUUAAAACAGACAUUUGUUUGAUUUUUUUUAUUAUUGUUUUUGCUUCUCUGCCAUGCUUCUUUAGUGUCCAAGUUAACGGGAUAAAAUCUAUUAUAGCAUACUUUACUGUACAUUCUGCUUAAUUAGCCGGACUUUAAGUGUUUUAUAGCACUGAGAGACUCCAGUUCACUUACAGUAUGUAUGUAAAACUCAAUAUGGGCAGCCAAUAUAAUAAUUUUAUUUUAACUUUUUGGAAUGGAUGGAAUUUAUCUUUUCAAAUUAAUAAAUUCCUCUUAUUGUUCACUCUUUACUGAUUAGCACACAAACAGUGUAUGUGUGUGUGUGUGUGUGUGCUGCAAUGUGUAGGCUACCGCGUGGGUAAUGUUUAUGUUAUGUUGGCUACCUGGUAGAGCAAGCACUGAGGUCUUGAAGUUGAGAUGAGGGGAACGACAUGAAAGGAGAUUAAUUUCAACAUAACUUGAGACAUAUUCUGUGUAUAAUAUAGGUGUGAGAACUUAGUGGUUAGUUACUUGUCCCUGCUAUAACCACCAUAAAUGCACUUAACGGAAUCGGGUAUCUAUGGUGCAAAUGACGAACAGUCACGGACCAAUUUAUUUGUCUCGGGCCAACUUAUUUGUAUUUUAAGACCAUCGAAAUCAACCUUAUAAAUCUUCUUAUGUAGUUGUUUUUGUCCCAAUUUAUUUUCAGUCAAAAGCUCCCGUUAGCAACAGAUGAGAACAAAGGUCCAAUCAGUGUGGCCUAACCUCAUUUAAAUACAACCACUGUGUACAGAGAUGGGGUAGUCAUUUAAAUACAACCACUGUGUACAGAGAUGGGGUAGUCAUUUAAAAAUCAUGUUCAACACUAAUCUUGCAAAUAGAGUGCAUUUCAGUAACGGCAUCUUCAUCGCUCACCUUCUGUUUUUGUAUUGACAUGAACUCUGAGUCACUGACUGACUUGUUGAAUCUUCACCUUUGUGAAAUGACAAAGAAACUUCCUCUCUAGCCCGCUGAGCAACUCUUGUGGGGAAGCUUACUCCCUGGUCGAACAGGGUGACAGCUCACCGUCUCACAGAACCCAAAACCUCUUCCACACGUCUACAUUUACUACGAUCGUGAGCCGACACUGGCAAAAAAAACAGUCAAGCUAUCCGUUCAUCAGUUUCCGCGAAUUCACAACACUUUACGGUAUCACGUGUUUUCAGGUAGCGCAACUGAGUUGGAGGCAGAGUAUGUGAGCGGAGCGGAGCUGGAGAAGAGCGAGGAGCAGAGCGUGCCCAAAAUUGACUGGAGCAUGGAGGAGAUUCCCAAAGGCUGAAGUUUCGCCUUCUCGCUCAGCUCCAGUAGGGCCCCAGUAGGGCUCCAGUAGGGCCCCAGUAGCGCUCACUUCACGAGCUCAGGGCAUGCCUCCUCCAGCAUGCAUUUGUAGUCUAUUUAUGUGCUGCUAAUAGCCCCUUGCUUUAGCUACUGUCAUGGAGUUCACUAAAUGUUUUCAUAAAGAAACGGAUGAAACACACAGGUGCUGAAUCAAGGUGGCUUACAAAGAUGAGGACCAAGAGUAAGAGAGGGAGUGUGGUGAUGUAGUGUCCACAACUAAAUAAUUAUUGUGGAAUCUGAAAAGACACUCAUCCCCAAAAUAUGAUGGUGUACUUUCUACCUGCACGUGUUAAAAUAAAGGAAAGAGUUGCACUGAUUAGGGUUUGGGAAACGGAGCUGGGGAGAGGCCCAGAAAAUUCCAAAUUGGACAAAUGCUAUACUCGAAGCAAGACAACUGUCCAUCUGCAACAAGGUGCAAGAGAUGCAAUAUAAGAUUAUGCAAAGGGUUCAUAGGACUCCCAUUAUAUCGAAUUAAAUGAACGCAGAAUUAUCUGAUACUUGUAAGUGUAGCGAAUAAGGCACUCAUGGCCAGCUCUUUUAGACUUUCUGGAAAAAUGUAAAAAUGGAGCUUGUUCACAUGGCAUAUAAGAAUGAACCCAUAGCUAUUUAUACUGGAUGUCAUUGGGAACAGGUCCUCACUUACCUUAGCACAGCUCAAUCAUAUUUAAAACAUGACUGUGUGGUCUGCAAAUGCAUUUUCCUUCAUUGGAUAAAAUACCAGCCACCAACAAUAAAUCAGUGGUAUUUUGUGAUUUUUAAAGUGUCACCUCUGGAGAAAAUGUGUAUUAUAUUUAGGAACAAGAUUUCUAUCCAAUAUGGGUAACCUUUUUGUACACUUAUCCCGCUAAUCUUUCAGAUACCCUAAGAAGUGUCAAUAUAAAAAUGUGUGAAUUUAUGGGUCAACUGGAACCUGGUUGCUUUCUUGUAGAAAAUAAAUAUAUUGUUGUAUAGUCCUCUAUACUCUGUUAGGGGUAUACUACACAUUAUAGCCAGACAUUUGGCAACAGUGUUAAGGAAAAUAAACAAUUAUGUUCAUUAAAUUAAUGAGAAAAAAUGUCAUGAAACACUUAGAGCAGAGAACUGAAAGGAAAUGUAUAAUUCAUAGUUUUUGUUGGUUGUUAUAAGUUACCAUAUUUCAUUUUGGAAUUGAAAUAGAUAUCUACAAUUUGAUUAUGAUGUUGACCUGAAACAAAGAAAAUUAUAUAACAUUUAUUUUUAAGAUAGUGGCAAGAAAAAGU